GUAAUUCCAAUAUUCGUCCCGUUUGCAUCUCUGUAUGUGGAUGAGAUUUAAAAGAUAAAAAGAGCGUUAGAGAGUCAUUGCCCGAGAAGGAAAUGUUAAUAAAAAAGUUUAAAUUGAGAGGCACGGAACGGAGGGAGUACAGCAAUAGAAGAGUAAUUCGUAAGCAUGAAUUUGAAACCAAUCCCGUUACCACAACCAUCGGUGAAGACGGAAUCGCCGAUGACUCAAUCCGAGUCAUCGUCACCAUCUCCGCUUGCAUCAGCGGCAAUGGCGGCCGUGGAAGAGCUAGUAGAUUCACUAAACCAGCGUAAAAUGUACAGAGAAGUAACUCUGGCUCUUCGAUCUGGACUCAGAGAUGCCCGAGCUGAGUUCUCUUUCCUCCGAGUUCGUGGUCUCCGUUGCCUCCUCAAAUUCCUCCGCUCUGUCGCUGGUUCUGACUCCACAAUUCGUCUCUUUUGCCUUACUCAAUCUCUCCCUGAUCUUCAAGUGGUUCCUGUUCUGUUUCAACAUUCACUUAAAGAUACCGAGGAAGAUAUAGUGACUAGUUUAGAUCAUAUAUUCACUGUUGAGCCUAUGAAAUUAACAAGCCCUUCAACUGAUACUGAAGUCGCAGUUGCACUACGUGUUUUGGAAGGAUGCUGCCUGAUUCACAGACAAAGUACAAUUUUGGCUCACCAACACAAGGCGAUUCCGGUAUUGAUGAACAUACUGUCUAGUAGAAGUGUUUUAGAGCAAGGUGCCUGCUUGGAUGCAUUGAUUGCUUUGAUGUUAGAUUCAACUGCCAAUCAAUUGGAUUUUGAGACCUGUAAUGGCAUUGAGGAAGUUGCUGCAAUCAUUAGAGACAAACAAGUUGAUGAGAAUCUUAGGAUGAAAUGUGGAGAAUUUUUGUUAUUACUCAUUGGACAUGUGGAUGCUAGAGAUAUGCAACCCAUGGCAACAGUGCAUGAAGACAUACGUCGACUUUUGGGGGAGAAAUCUGCUUCUUUAAUAUGGGCAGCUAGUCAAUUUGGCUCAACUCUUGAUCCAGAGGAGAGGAUGACUGCUUUGCACAUCCAAGCUCGUAGAGUUUUGGAGUCACUUGAUCUCUUUGGAGUAUAGAAGUGAAUCGGGUGCUUGUUCAUUAGUAAAUAGACCUUUGAUUCCUAACUAAUGUUGACUAAACAAUUGCUAUGCAGAAGAUUGGUGCCAAGCAGGCAAACACCAAAAGAAUUGUUGUGAUGACAUGAAUUGUAAACUAGACGAUAGAGUGUACUAUAUUCGUCCUUUGAGUUUGCUCCAUUUUGAUUGUCCCCAUGUCAGUUUCUUUCAAGGCACGAGACAAAGUCAAAGGAGACAGAGGAAUACAUGAGUUGUUGGCUUGUUGCAAACUUGCAAUUGCCAUAAUUCUGUUGCCUUUUUGAGGUUUACUCUUUCGAGUUUGGUAGAAUUGAUUAUUUUUCGAUAUGUUAAAUGUGUUACUCCUGGUUGUUGUAUAGAAGCUAAUCUCAUAGUUAUUGGUGAAACAUAAAUCAAAGUAAAUGAUAAUUCAAUUGUGGUAAUUUUCAAUAUAUGUUAAGAUAUGUUGGAUGAUGUAAUUUCCUUUAUUUUUAGAUGCUGGAUUGUACUUGAAUCAUAAUACUGAUUUGUUCCUCUCAGGGCAUCAGAUUUUAACCCUUUCUUAACCAUCAUUCAAAUGUUGGAUUUGAUUGUGUUAUGGAAGAUAUUAUCUAGC